AUGUGGAUCGCAAAUGCACCAAAAACUGCUCGCAAUAAGAAUCCCAGCGAGGCCGACAAAAAUGGUCUAAGAGACACAGUGAUACUGACGGUUUCUUGCAGGCUUCAGUCGUUGUACAUCCAUUUUUUGUACAACGUCCCCAACUCGGGCGAAUUGCUGGAAGUCAAUCUUAUGCGUCCACUCGAUGAAGUAUUCGCGCAAACAUGUGACAAAAUAAAAGAAAAACUGCAAAAAUCAUUCUUGAAGCAGACGAAACAAAUGCUUUGUGAUGAAGUGUUGGACUAUGAAUUUGUCGUCUCAGCACCGUGCCUUCCAAAUUUGCUUUUAUCUACCAACGAACAAGUCUAUGAGAACAAAGAAUUUGCGGAACUGCAUAUCAAUGAUGAUUUUUAUCGUAUCGUACGAGAUCCGCCGCGAUGUACUAAGCUUGCUUUGAAACUAAAACCAAUCGUUGAAUGCCCAUUGAUGGCCACAUCGCAAAAAGUCGAGCCACGUUUUCACUGGUACGUAGCGGACGCAGAUAUCUCACUGAGCAUACCACAGUUAGAAAGCACUUCAACUGGUCAGUCGAAUUUUUUAAUAAAGGAUUGGACAUAUCGCUGUUCCGGGCCGUUUUUCUGUCCCAGCAUAGAAGAUGUUGGGAAACGUGUUUGCGUGUUGUUGGAUAUGGGACCUGAUUCAAUAGUGCAGUGCAUAGCCAGUGAUGAUUUGGUAUCGGUAGUCGAUGAACCGCUCAUUUUUGAAGAAAGGCAAUCCUUGCAUUGCGAACAUCGCACAGAUAAUGGCUCUAUACGAUUGAUGUCUUACAACGUUCUUGCUGACCUAUAUCUAGACUUGAAGCUAAGGCAAGAAGACUUGUAUUUCCCAUAUUGCCCAAAAGAAUAUCAAGAUUAUGCAUAUCGAUAUCCGCUGUUGCUCAAGGAAAUUCCAGGUUAUAAUGCAGAUAUAAUAUUCCUGCAAGAAGUGGAUGAACGAUUGUGGCUGCGCUUUUUACCUGUUUUAAUGUCAGCUUACAAUUACGGCACUCAUUUCAAAAGGAAAGGAUUGCAGGUUAAUGAAGGAUUGGUUAUCUGUUAUCGUAAUGAGCAAUUCAGGCAUUUGGAAAGUUAUGAUUUGUGGUUACCAGAUUUUCUGGAUGUGGCCAAAUAUCCGGAAAAUGAAGAUGUGGUCCGAUUAUUUGAAAGUCAUGAAAAUUUGAAGGCUAUGUUUGUUUCAAAGCCUGCUGUUGUGCAAGUAAUCUUUUUUCAAUUCUUCGCUUUGCAUUCAAAUUUUAUUACUUUGGUAUGUUUUUCGGUGAUAUUUCUGAAGAAACUACCACAAAUUUUCUGUAAUAUGUUCGGAAUUCUCAUAGCGAAAUACCCUGAUAUUGGCUCAGAAGAUAUUCUGCUGCUUGCCAAUACUCAUCUGUUUUUUGAUCCACGUUAUGAAAUUAUCAAAAUAUUGCAAGCAUUGCUCUGUGCUCGAUGGAUUGCGCGCAUCGCUUGCGAAUAUGCAACCCGAAAACCUGAACUGCGACUGCGCAUUUUAUUCGCUGGCGAUUUUAACAGCACCUCGGAUGGAGCUGUCUUUGAACUGUUAAGCACUGGCAGCUUUUCCAACAGAUGUGAUUCUCUUACGUACAGUAAGUACUUACAAGAUGAUGUCGUUUUCACCAUUCAGCCAUCUUCAUCUAUGUAUAGUUUGAAAUUGAAAAGUUUGGCUGAUGAAACGCAAUUCACAAAUUUUACGCGUCAUUACCGGUACAGCGGAGAAAUUGCCGGUUUUGAAGGAUGUUUGGAUUAUAUUUGGGGGAGCGAAAACAUCGAAGUAAGCUUCUCCAUCAGUUCGUUCAUUCACAACUAUCUUGUUUCUAUGUUGUCUCAAAAAACAAAAAUCAGAGCCCCAUCUGUAUUCUUUCUGUUGCUUUCGAGAAGCGGAUGCAUUCAGAAAUUGCUGUAUUAG